AUGUUCACCGAAAAAGAAGCACGGCGUUUCGAGGACGGCACAAAGCCAAUAUUUGGGGCACGGCCAGGCAUUGGGGGACGAAAGAGUAUUUGCCUGCGUGGCCUGAUUAGAUUAAUGUGUGAAUCUUAUCACAUGACACUUAAAUGCCAAAUUAAACUAACCUCCAGCAUUACCUUUCAAGAGAUCCAUCGAAAGCCACUUCAAGACAGAAAGCGAUUUGAUUCAGCCCAGGCUUCCUCGGCCGGAGGUAGCCACCUUAUCCGCUCGAGGUGCAUUGAAUAUCAACAGGCAAACGUUGAUCCAAUAGAUAGUUCCAGAACCAGGCAU